AUGAGUUCAGACGAGAAGGGCGUCUCCCCUGCUCACAAAACCUCCACUCCGACACACAGAAGUGCCUCCUCUUCAACGUCCUCCCAAAGAGAGAGUAGACAGAGCUCCCACGUACUGGAAAGGACUGCUUCCUCUGGCACCGAGGCCUCCAUAAGUCGGCAAUUGCUGGAACCGGAGCCAGUCCCCAUCUCCAAGGAAGCUGACAGCUGGGAAAUUAUAGAAGGGUUGAAAAUAGGCCAAACCAAUGUCCAGAGACCAGACAAAUAUGAAGGCUUUAUGCUGAAGAAAAGAAAAUGGCCUUUAAAAGGCUGGCACAAGCGCUUUUUUGUCCUGGAUAAUGGAAUGUUAAAGUAUUCAAAGGCACCACUUGAUAUUCAAAAAGGGAAAGUCCAUGGAAGCAUCGAUGUCGGACUCUCAGUCAUGUCUAUUAAAAAGAAAGCUCGGAGGAUAGACCUGGACACAGAAGAGCACAUCUAUCAUUUGAAGGUGAAAUCCCAGGACUGGUUUGAUGCAUGGGUCUCCAAACUGCGCCACCACCGCCUGUACCGGCAGAAUGAGAUUGUGAGGUCACCAAGAGAUGCCAGUUUUCAUAUAUUUCCUUCAACCUCCACAGCUGAAUCCUCACCAGCUGCUAAUGCUUCUGUCAUGGAUGGGAAGGUGCAACCAAACAGCUGUUCAUGGCAGUCCCCCUUGCCAUGCAGCAACAGCCUCCCUGCCACCUGCACCACCGGCCAGAGUAAAGUGGCAGCCUGGUUACAAGACUCGGAAGAAAUGGACAGGUGUGCCGAAGACCUUGCACACUGCCAAUCAAACCUUGUGGAACUUAGCAAACUCCUGCAAAAUUUGGAAAUACUUCAGAGAACUCAAUCAGCACCCAACUUUACUGACAUGCAGGCUAACUGUGUAGAUAUUUCAAAGAAAGACAAGCGGGUCACAAGAAGAUGGAGAACAAAAAGUGUCAGCAAAGAUACAAAAAUACAACUGCAGGAAGGGCCAUCUGUGAAGAGCCAGUUCGGCUCCACCCGGCGCCGGCAGAGGCUAGCAGCAGCAGUGGCUACAACAGUUCCUUUCAGUGCCACCAUGUCGCCGGUCCGCCUGCACUCCUCCAACCCCAACCUCUGUGCAGACAUUGAAUUUCAGACACCCCCUAGCCACCUCACUGACCCUCUGGAAAGUUCAACAGAUUAUACAAAACUUCAAGAGGAAUUCUGCCUAAUUGCACAGAAAGUUCAUUCCCUUUUGAAGUCUGCAUUUAAUAGCAUAGCUAUAGAGAAGGAGAAGCUUAAGCAGAUGGUUUCUGAGCAGGAUCACAAUAAAGGCCACAGCACACAGAUGGCACGACUCCGACAGUCACUGUCUCAGGCACUCAACCAGAAUGCUGAACUGAGGAGUCGGUUGAGCAGAAUACACUCAGAAUCUAUUAUUUGUGAUCAGGUUGUCAGUGUAAAUAUUAUCCCUAGCCCUGAUGAGGCUGGUGAGCAAAUCCAUGUCAGUCUCCCUCUGUCACAGCAAGUAGCAAAUGAGAGCCGCCUCUCCAUGUCAGAAUCUGUCUCUGAGUUCUUUGAUGCCCAAGAGGUGCUCCUUUCUGCAAGCUCCUCAGAGAAUGAGGCUUCAGAUGAUGAGUCUUACAUCAGUGAUGUGAGUGAUAAUAUCUCGGAAGACAACACCAGUGUUGCAGACAACAUUUCUCGGCAAAUCUUGAAUGGGGAGCUUACCGGAGGGGCCUUCCGAAACGGACGCCGGACAUGCCUGCCAGCUCCGUGUCCUGACACCAGUAACAUUAACCUGUGGAAUAUCUUGAGGAACAACAUUGGUAAAGACCUGUCUAAAGUGUCUAUGCCUGUGGAGCUAAACGAGCCGCUCAACACUCUGCAGCAUCUCUGCGAGGAAAUGGAGUACAGUGAGCUUCUGGACAAGGCUUCGGAGACCGACGACCCCUAUGAGCGCAUGGUUCUUAUUGCUGCAUUUGCAGUUUCAGGAUAUUGCUCUACCUAUUUCAGAGCAGGAAGUAAGCCAUUCAACCCUGUCCUCGGGGAGACUUACGAAUGCAUUAGAGAGGACAAGGGAUUCCGCUUUUUCUCAGAACAGGUUAGCCAUCAUCCACCCAUUUCUGCCUGUCACUGUGAAUCCAAGAAUUUUGUGUUUUGGCAAGAUAUCAGAUGGAAGAACAAGUUCUGGGGGAAGUCGAUGGAAAUCCUGCCUGUGGGAACGCUGAAUGUCAUGCUUCCAAAGUAUGGAGAUUGCUAUGUGUGGAAUAAAGUCACCACGUGCAUACACAACAUUCUCAGUGGGCGGAGGUGGAUAGAGCAUUAUGGAGAAGUAACCAUUAGAAAUACCAAAAGCAGUGUUUGCAUUUGCAAACUCACAUUUGUCAAGGUGAACUACUGGAAUUCCAACGUGAAUGAAGUCCAGGGGGUGGUGCUGGAUCAGGAGGGGAAGGUGGUGCACCGGCUGUUCGGGAAAUGGCACGAGGGGCUCUUCUGCGGCGUGGCCCCCUCCGCAAAGUGCGUCUGGAGGCCAGGUUCCUUGCCAACCAACUAUGAGCUCUACUACGGCUUCACCAGGUUUGCUAUUGAGCUCAACGAGUUAGACCCUGUGCUGAAGGACCUCCUCCCACCGACAGAUGCCCGGUUCCGGCCAGAUCAGAGAUUUUUGGAAGAAGGAAACCUAGAAGCUGCAGCAGCCGAGAAGCAGAGGGUGGAGGAACUCCAGAGAUCCCGAAGGCGCUACAUGGAAGAAAACAACCUUGAACAUGUACCAAAAUUUUUUAAGAAAGUGAUUGAUGCCAAUCAAAGAGAAGCCUGGGUUUCCAACGACACCUACUGGGAGCUGCGAAAGGACCCUGGGUUUAGCAAAGUAGACAGCCCUGUUCUCUGGUAA